GACUAUCAACAAACAACCACUGGACUGGGAUAAACCGGGUUGAACUAGGCAGUCGUCCGUGUUAUAAGUUGUAUUUGGUUAUGGGAGGCUUCAAAUUUGAUCACUUACUUAAGAAAAGGGAUGGUGAGAAAACAGAGUCAAAUAAUGUGGAGUAUGCCCCUGCCCCGUUGGAACAGCCCCAGGACCUGGGAGAAAGCGAGGAAGGCUCCAGGGGUGAGGAUUAUGCCCGGGGUGUGUGGGGAAGGAAAAUGGAGUUCCUGCUGUCAGUUAUUGGAUAUUCUGUCGGCGUCGGCAACCUUUGGAGAUUCCCAUACUUGGUUAUGCAGAAUGGUGGAGGGGCGUUCCUGAUCCCAUUUUUCUUCUUCCUGAUCCUGUGUGGGGUGCCCCUGUUUUACCUAGAGCUGUGUCUGGGUCAGUUUUCCGGGACAUCGUGUCUAUACGUCUGGAAGUUCUGCCCCCUCUUUAAAGGUAUCGGGUACAUGAUGAUGGCGGUGUCAUUCAUCUACUGCUGGUACUACAUCAUGGUGCUCGUCUGGGUCCUCGUGUAUCUUGUCAACUCCUUCCUACCCCAGCUCCCUUGGAGUGCAUGCGGUCAAGCGUGGAAUACAGAUCAGUGUAUCGAGGGGCUCCACUCCCUUGGCAACUGUUCCAAGGUCAACGCUGCGUGUAACGCCAGCAAGGCAGUGUACACAGCUGAUGACAUGGCGAGAACUGCUAGCAAGGAGUUUUGGCAUAACUAUGUCUUACACCGUACUGAUGGUCUGGAAGAUUUGGGUACCAUCCAGUGGCACUUGGCGGUAGCGCUGGUUGUGGCCUGGCUCGUCAUCUUCCUCUGCCUCAUGAAAGGCAUUAAAAGUGUGGGCAAGGUCGUCUAUGUCACAGCAUUAUUGCCAUAUGUGCUUCUCACUGUCCUUCUCAUUAAGGGGUUGACCUUGCCAGGGGCCAAGGAUGGAAUUAUUUACUACCUCAAACCGGACUUCAGCACUUUACUCGACUUUGGAGUGUGGGUGACGGCAGCUAUCCAGGUAUUCUACUCUCUGGGCCCGGCUUGGGGCGGCCUUAUUACCAUGGCCAGUUAUAACAAGUUUAAUAACAACUGUCUCAAAGAUGCCCUGAUAUGCGUGAUGGCGGAUGGUUUUACCAGUUUCUUCGGAGGGUUUGUCAUCUUCUCUGCCAUUGGCUUCAUCGCUAAGGAGGCAAACAUGGAUAUUAAGGAUGUUGCAACAUCAGGUCCUGGCCUGGCGUUGGUAAUAUACCCGGAGGCGUUUACAAAGCUGCCCGUGCCACAACUCUGGGCCGUCCUAUUCUUUGUUAUGCUUCUCUCCCUUGGAAUCGACAGUCAGUUUGGAGUGUUUGAGACGCUAUCUAGUGGCUUAAUGGACACAUUUCCGAGACUGAGAAAACGCAAGGUGCUCGUGACCGCGUGUCUGUGUGUCGUUCUUAUGCUUCUGGACCUUCCAUAUACAACAGGUGCUGGUAUCUACCUAUACCAGCUAGUAGACUGGUAUUUUGCUGCAUUCUGUGUCCUCAUCAUCUCAUUCCUGGAGUGCUUCCUAAUAGCAUGGGUCUACGGAGCAGAUCGAUUCUCUAACGAUGUUAAACUGAUGAUCGGACGGACACCGCCUAGGUUCAUUAGAUUUUGCUGGUGCUUCAUCACUCCUGCUAUGCUUUUGACGAUAUUCCUGAUCAUGUGUUUCCAAUAUGAGCCCCCAGCAUACGACAAUUACGAAUACCCAAUGUUUGCUAAGGUGUGCGGGAACAUUCUUGCCAUGGUGCCGGUCAUUCCACUACCUGUGGUCAUGAUUUACCAGAUAUGGAGGACACCCGGGUCACUGUAUGAACGUUUUGUGUAUUUACUAAAGCCGUCGCCAGACUGGGGUCCCCAUAUUUCGGGGCUCAAGGCAGAGUACCUGGAGAUGGAAGACAAAGCCCCACCCCGGGGGGUCCUCGAUGCCGUCAGACAUAACCUGCUUGGGUCAUCAGAUUACAGCUAAUGGGAUCAUAUCAGAUAUUUUACUUUACAGCAUUGUAGUAAUUGUUCUUUACUGGUACAAUAAUCAGAAUAUGUUAUCUCCAUAGGUUGUUAUUUAUUUUAGAAUACCUUUCCCAGGAAACUAAACUAAAGUUAAGUAUAACAUAAAGCAUUUUUUGAAAAUGAUUUAUUUGGUCUGAUAUCGUAGAGCAUAAUUAUUCAUUAUUGUUUGUGUUUUAAAUCAUAUAUAUUUUGAAGUAGAAAUUAACAAGUACAAUGCAGAUCUUGCAGCAAUACACAUUCAGUAUUGUAUAUAAAAUAUAACAUUUAUCUACAAACAGCUAAAGAUUCCUACCCAAUAGCAAAUGGAUGUUAAUUUUCACUAGCCAACCUGACAUUUUUAUAUACAAUUCAAUCUACAUGUAUAUGUAAGUAUUUAGUGAUAUGUAUAUAGAUUGUUUACACAUCCAGAACUGUCUUUUUUAAAAACUUUUAUUUAUAGUUUGAUAUAAUUAAUAUGUCUAUAUCGUUUACCAAUAAGUAUUUCCGUCUAAGUCCAGUCAGUGAACAACGUGGCGAAAUGUUGAAACCAUGACAUACCAAAAGUUCAAGUUCUUUCUUUUUACCAAAUAUUCCUUAUUUUUGUUUUACCUUGAUACAUGGUGUAUGUUGUUAGUUUGGUUUACUGUUUGACUUUGGUGCAUAAUAGCUGUUGUGAUAUUUACAAUCACCACUGUGAAAGACCUUGCUCUUUUACACUAAUAUUUCAUUCCCAUUUGUUUUCAUCUGCUUUUCGUUGGCAAAAACGUGAAGGUAAUUUUAUAGCCUGGGUAUUGUCUCAACUGUUUAUAAAAGGAAACACGUGUAGGUCUUGUUAUCGUCUGGGUAUUAAAGGAAACACGUGUAGGUCUUGUUAUCGUCUGGUUAUUGGCUGAACUGAUUUUAGAGGGAAAAGGGAAGGUUUUGUCAUUGUCUCGGUAUUGUCUCAUCCUAUUUUCGCGGGAAUAAAGUGGAGGUUUUUUCAUCGCCUUGGUAUCAUUGUCAUUGGCGGCGUUAUUGUUGGCACCUUGGCCAUAACUUUGUUAACCAAUAAAGAUAUUAAAAUACAACAUGGUAAACGUAUUAAAAGAGACAAUAGCCUCACAUAUAGCAAGACCCAGGUUAUAUUAAUUGCAGAUUUAUUCCUCUUGUUUUACUGAGAAAAUCAGCAGCAGCACCAGCUUUGAUAACAGUCUCUUUUGUCAUUUAGUAACACAGUUAUUUUCAGAUAUAUAAACUUUAUUUAAGAUAAAUAUUUGUAUCGUUAUUGUGUAAGCUUUUUUUAGUUUUGGAAAAUGGGAUUCUCUCAGUGCAAAGUGAUAGGUCAACAAAACUUUUAACGAUUGUAUGGAGUUUGUUUGUACGCUCGUUUAUUUUGUCAUGUACUUGUACAACUUUUCAAUGUUCACUUCUGAAAUUGUUUGUACCCAUCUACCAAAAAUAAAUGAUGUUAACUUCAUUCAAGUUCUGAACAAUCUGCCUCACGUUACAUACAAACAUAUGUUAUGAUUGUUGUAAGAUGUGAAUCCCUAAAAUAUGAUCUUUCUCUGUAUUUACAAUGAUUAUUUAAAUUUAUGUAUGUCUUCAUGCGUGCGUUUGUGCGUGUUGGAUACAUUGUUGUACACGAUAGUAUUAUUUUACGAAAAAUAUGGUACUAAUUGUUUUUGCUUUUGUAAAGAAAACUGGAAGAUUUGCUCGGAACUAAUGACUGGAUUUUAUAUGUUUAAAUGAAAAAGCCUCCGGUAGGUUUAAAUAUUUGUCUAAAAUUAACUGAUUUCAACCGACAUUCUACCUUUUUUGCCUAAUAAAAUGUUUUGGUGCUGGGGAUAUCAGACAGCGACGUGUUGAGAAUCUUAAACAAAUCUUUAGCCGUAUGAACUAAGCCAGCAUUGCACAAAUUAGCGGCAUUUGAUUGUUAAAACAUGGUGCACAUAAAUGAAUUAUAUGCUGAUUGAGCACUAAAAAUAUAUCAUAUCUUACAUGUAUUUCAUGACACUCGCACAAGAAUUUUUGAAUAUGUAUUAUAUGCGACUCUCUUAUCAAAGUGCAUAGAACCAAAUAUCAUUUGAUGAACAUUUUUGGUUAAUUAUUAAGUUUAUGUCACACGGUGAAGAGAACGUUUUGAAUAAAUGCAUUAAUUAAAUAAGCUUUGUCUAUGCUGACCAAUUUAAUUUUUGGUUUUCAAAACAGCUAUUACUACUUAAAAAUCUUGUUGCCAAAAUGCGAUAGUGCUAAUAAACAAACGUUAAUCCUACUGAUGUAAAGUACAUGUAUAGCUUCAUGGCUGUGUUUUUGGUUUUCACUUUCUACUGUUUCUGACUUGCUAUCUUUAUCAUAUUGUUUCUAUCCAUAAUUUAGUGUAAAAUCAUUUUUGUGUCAAAUACUUAAAAUAAAAGACCAACUCACUGUUUUGUAAUAUAUUAAAUAUAAAUUAAACCGAAAAAAUGACAUCAAAACACUUAACUUGCCUAAACAUCUAUUAAAAUUCAGGUAUUUUUAUUUUAUUUUUAUAUAUGAGUUUUGCUAUCAUGUCAUUAGUAAUGCCAUAUUUAUUUUACUGUCAAUGGUGUUCUAGUACACGGGUGUAUGCAUAUUUUCCAUUGCCAUUGUUAAUUAUUUCACAGACAAUCAAGCAGUUCUGAAGCACUUGCUGUUUCAGAUACAUUGUAAAAUUAAUGUUCCAAGUUUAACUACUGACUUUGUUGAAAAAACCGUAAUGAGUUCUGCUUUUAUGAAAAUACCAUAAUAAACGAUGUAAAAAUGA